AUGACGUGGCGGCUUUUCAGUCUUUUAUGCAUUCUCGGGGCGGAAAGAUACGCUGAGACGGAGAUAACCUGUGACGAUGACACAGACUCGGGAGCCGUUUCUGAUGCAUCACUGCUACAGAUGAACUUGAAGCUCAACUCUUUGCCGCCGGCGUGCCGCAUUUGGCAGCACACAUACAUCCUGAACGCCAGCUGUGAGCAUUUUGGACUUGGCCAAGCAGCGGGAUUUUUAGUGAGUGGCGCCAGCCGAAGUGGCACACGCUUUCUGACCCAGCUGUUUCAAGGCCUUGGAAUGAACGUGAGCCAUCACUCUGACGCAGCGCGUGGUGCAGAUGGGGCUGUGAGUUGGAUCCAUGGAUUGCAUCGUUCUGGAUGCACGGUACCCAGUUGGCAGAGCCCCAGAUUUUUCUCCAAGGCCUUUCUGAUGCUUCGGGAUCCGCUGAAACAGAUCCCUUCGAGGGCUGAGAGCACUGACGACUUUGACUGGUUGGAGUUUGCUCGUUGUGCUGCAGACUUUGGGCCAACGACUGCAACGGCCGACACGGCCGACACGGCCGACACGGCCGACAUGGCCGACGAUCGAUUGCGCCUGGCGCUCAAACACUAUGUCUUGCAGAACAGUUUUGUGGAGAAGUAUGCAGAGAAGUCCUUCUGGGUGGAAGACGUUAACGCACAUCACCCAGCUACUUUGGACAUCAUCCACGCGAUUUGCGAAGAGUUUGGUUCAAGCCACGCCCAUUGCAACGAUGUGAAGCUCCGGAAGCUCUCAGGUGCCUUGCCGAUCCAUUCGGAGCCGGGAGUGAAGUGGCCGCAGUUGGCAUCCAUCGAUCGGCCAUUUGCCGCGAUGGCUCAGAUCUUGACCCGAAGACACGGCAAGGACGUUGCUGUGGACGACCAACUCCCAGAGAUGGCUUGGGGCUUUGACUGUGACUUCCACAAUGACCUAUGGUCAUGUGCACUUCCUCCAGAAGCAGGGUCGCUACUGGACAGGAGCUUCAGCUUACAGGAUAUGAUUCGUUCAAAGGAUACUGCACUUUGCGCCGAGCAGCUGCCACCUUUGAAUGGGAGCAUGGUUCUGUCCGUGUCAGUGGCGCGAACAGGCUCCGAGACACUCAGCCAAAUGCUGGCAGAAUCUUCGGGCCUCCAUUUGCACGACCAUCAAUGCAAUGCUCACACGUUGCUGGAGCAUGGAGCUGGGCAUGUGAUCGUGAGCCUCAGACAUCCAGUAUCUCGAAUCGUGUCUGGAAUGCAGUGGCACACGCGUUUGCACAACCUUUCAUUGUCGAUCGAGGCAGCUUUGAAUAGCUCCAACAUGUCGAAAAUUUCGAAAUCUCAAGCUAAAGCUGCUGCCGGUGAUGACGAGCAGAGUGACAACGGUCAACUGUCCCACGGUGCCUACAGCCUUCAGAAAGAGGUGUUUUCCUUUGAUGAUUUCAACCACAGCUAUGUGGAUGCGCUGCGGAACACUUCAGAUCCGAACCACCGGAUAGCCCUGGACGUGCAGUACCGGCCUUACAGCAACAGCAUUUUCAUGCCUGUGGUGGACUUCUACAUGAAGGGAGUCACCAACGAAGAGCUGAGCCGUGUGAGCUUCGUGUGCACCUGCACGCUGAAAGAAGACAUGGACAGAGUCUCCAACGAACUGAAUCUCAAUCUGGACACGGAGGCAUUUUUGCAGCACCAACGCUGCAGUGUUGCUUCGGCAUUGGAACUUGGAAGUUGGAGCGCGUUGGAGCGUCCCUAAUGGUCCAUCAUUUUUAGUAAAUUGUUCAUACCAGGCAUACCAGUUGCACGUUGAGAUGCCGAUUUGAAUAUAUUUGAAUAAACAAUAAAAUUAAUGGGUCGGCUCUUGUGAAAAUUGAGGUAGCCCCAAAUCCACUGGUGAAUCCUCAUAUUUUGUCAUCCGAUUUCUCAUCAAAAUGCCACAUUAAUGGGAGCUCAGGGUUGAGGGAUCGAGGGAUAUCCGCACCAAGAACCAAGAAAUAUAUCCCCCCUCGUGAUAUCUCGUGAUGUGAGGAGAUUUUGACCCAUGAAUCUGUAUCGAGUAGCGAUGAUCCUGAAGUCCAGCUCCAAUGGUUGUCGCAGAGAAACAUCGACUGGAUUCGGGAGAUCUACGCCGCAGACGAGGCAUUUUACCUUCAACAUUGCAGCCAUUGUGAGUCCAUAGCGAACCAAGCCGCGUGAUUCUAACUUGCAAAAGCGGGAAAGGCGGCAAGGCCCGGCAAGGCCCGGCAAGGCCCGGCAAGGC